AUGUACCAAGAUUGGAAUACUGUAGUAUGGAAUAAGGGAAGCACUCGUACAAAGGGUGUUUCUAAGGAACAAGACCUAAAUAUUGCAAGACGUAGGGGAGAAGAGAUUAUAACUGAAAAAAAGUUUUUUGGUGGUAAAAAUACUUCUACAAAGAAGCUUGCAAUGCCUAAUGCUGCUCGUUUAGAUCAAGAUACUGGAGAUUAUAGAAUAGAAAGAGUUUCACAUGAAUUUUCUAAGGCUCUUCAACAAGCACGAGUAGCUAAAAAACUAACUCAAACUCAAUUAGCUCAAAUGGUAAAUGAGAAAACUAGUGUUAUAAAUGAUUAUGAAUCAGGUAGAGCUAUUCCAAAUCCUAUUCUAAUACAGAAAAUUUCCAAAUGUUUAUCAACAAAUUUGCCUAAACCAAUAAGAAAGAAAAAAUCAACUGUUGAAGAGUAA